CUGGCCAUCGGUUUUCGUAUAUAAGUUGAGAUAUUUCGCGCACGCACGCACAUACACAUACACAUACCAAGGGGCGCCCGUUGAAAGCCAUCCGUAUCAGGUGAGUAGGUGGGGAGUUUCGCAAUGGCCGUUCAGUGCCCUAACUUCAUGGUGCAGGCCGCAGAUGCAAGCUUUCCUGUUGCUAGGACCUCGAUGCCAUGGCAGGCACGGAUCGAGCUUAGUUAUGGUAGGCGACUGGAGCUCCGGAUUGCUGCGAUGGCAGUCGGUGAUGGCAGUCGAACUCGUAGGAUGGCGUCGAUUACGAAUACCAACUAUGUGGUGCCCCUGGACAAGUCGUCUUCCUUCAUAACUCGGCCGCUGGUGGAGAUUCUGCGUGACCUUAAUAAGAGGAUUCCGGAUAACAUAAUUAAGACAUCUGACGAUCGUCCCACCUUCAUCCCCUGGUACCAGGCGAACCGCAUGCUGAGUUUUUAUGCCCCAGGUUGGUGUGGGGAAAUCCGUGAUGUUACAUAUUCUGACAAUGGGACUGUGACUGUAGUGUAUAGAGUGACAGUUAGGGGUUCUGAUGGAGAGGCACAUCGUGACUCAAGUGGUACCGUGUCCACUCGCGAUGAGAAUAUUUUGGACCCUGUUGCUGCAGCGGAAGAACUAGCCUUUUGCAGAGCCUGCGCUCGGUUCGGUUUGGGCUUGUACCUUUACCAUGAAGCUUAGAAAGAAGCUUUGGGCAUUAGCUGCUUGGUAAUGUACUUGAUUGAUUGUUUGCAUUCCCUACUGAGAUAUGCUAUGAUUAUGUAUUUUCUUCUUUUCAGUUAAUGCUUGUAAGGAUGGUCUUGCAAAAUUUUCUUAUCGAGAUCGGAUCGUACAGUAUAGUCCAAACAUUGGAUUUUUUUUUGUCA